CAGCCAGCCACUCCAAAUAAAAUAAGCAUACAGGCUUAGUUCACACCCCAAUUCAGCCACGAAGCAGAACAGUAUUGCUUUAACAUGAUGUUUCGAAAUUUUUUGUUUACCAUAGUUCUCGUUGCUCUCCAUGGUGUUGUAACAGGUGAACUAUUGUGCUAUUCUUGUAUCAGUCAAGGAGGUGGAGACGAUACUUGCGUAACAAAUCCGGCUGCCGUAACAACUAAUACUCCAAUUGUAAAAUGCAAAUACAAAUUUUGCACAAUACGCCGUCUCGAAUAUGCGUCCGAACCUGGAAUGAUUUAUAGUUUCUUACGUGGUUGCGAGGAUGAACCGCUUCCAAACGGAGAAAAUCCUGGCGAGGAUAUCACAGUGUGGGCGCAAUCAUGUAACUUUGCAGACUUGUGCAAUGUUGGUGAUGGACUUGAAGAGAUAACACCGGAUAACAUUGGUUCGAGCGGAGGGGAUAACUCAAAUGUCAUAAUCGUACCGGCGUCAGCCAAUGCUUUGAAAAUUGAAAAAAUGUUCGUCGUUAUUGCGGCCUUACUCAUGGUUUUCUAUCGUCGUCAUUUUUACAGGCUUUAGAAAUUGUCUAAUAAGGCCUUGCAAUAGCUAUACAUUUGAAAAUUUUAUUAACGUUUUAGUUUUUUAGCUCAUAACACUGUAAGUUCGGUCUAACGCAUAUUAAACGUAAAAACAAUGCAUUUAUGUUUUUGCUCUUGCUAUUAAUUCCCCCCUCCCUGUUUGAUUACAGGUUUGUUCUUUAACAUAAUUUUUGGGAUGUUGAUGUCGCCAUUCUUAUUGUUUCGUUUUGAUAACAACAAACAAAGAGCGACUACUACUGAAUCAUUCUAAAGUAUUACGUACCCACCCUGAUAAGCACCACAGAGCAUAAGAAUAAAUAAAAUCUUACACUUUUCCUCGAGAUUACGCUGACGGUAGAGUUUCUCCAUCUUCAAUAGAUUCAGAGAUUAGAAUAGAUCAUACCACUUCAAAAGAAGAAAAUAGACGAGUGUCAUAUUUCGGGA